AUGGAGCUUCCCCCAGGGCCUCGCGACGAUCCCCGCGCCUGGGACGAUGACUCGGACCCGGAGCCGGAGCCCGACCCCGACGCGCAGGCCGAGGCUUACGUGGCCCGCGUGCUCAGUCCGCCGAAAGUCGGGCAGGCGCUCCCGCGCGCGCCUUUGCUGUCGGCUCCGGUCGCGUCCCCUGGCGCCCUGGAGCCGCGGGCGGCGUCCAAGGGUCCGCCCGUGGGCGUCCCGGGCCUGCUGAGCCUUCCUCCGGAGCUGCUGCUCGAGAUCUGCGCCUACCUAGACGCGCGUCUGGUGCUCCACGUCCUGCCGCGCGUGUGCCACACGCUGCGCGACCUCGUGCGUGACCAUGUCACCUGGAGACUACGCGCGCAGCGCCGCGUACGCGCGCCCUACCCAGUGGUGGAAGAGGAGGACUUUGACUGGCCGACGGCCUGCAUUGAGCUGGAGCAACACCUGUCGCGCUGGGCCGAGGACGGGCGCUGGGCUGAGUACUUCUGCCUGGCCGACGGACACUUUGCUUCCAUCGACUCCGUGCUGCUGCUCCAGGGUGGGACGCUUUGUCUGUCAGGCUCCCGAGAUCGCAACGUCAACCUGUGGGACCUGCGGCAGCUCGGGGUGGAGCCCAGCCGAGUUCUAGUCAAGGCCCUGGGCACCCAGAAGAACAGCACCCACAAGGGGGAUGAUCGCAGGUCUGGUCCGCAGGGCUGGGUGUGGUCGCUGGCAGCGCUGGACCACCGCGUGUGCUCCGGUUCCUGGGACAGCACGGUGAAGCUCUGGGACAUGGCGGCAGACGGGCAGCAGUUCGGCGAGAUAAAGGGCAAGGCGGCCGUGCUGUGUUUGUCCUACCGGCCUGACAUCCUGGUGACUGGCACCUAUGACAAGAAGGUGACCGUCUACGACCCCAGAGCGGGCCCGGCGCUGCUGAAGAGCAGGCGGCUGCACUCCAGCGCGGUGCUGGCGCUGCUGGCGGACGACCGUCACAUCAUCUCGGGCAGCGAGGACCACACACUCGUGGUGUUCGACCGCCGGGCCAACAGCGUCCUGCAGCGACUGCAGCUGGAUUCCUACCUGCUCUGCAUGUCCUACCGGGAGCCCCAGCUCUGGGCUGGUGACAACCAGGGCCUGCUGCACGUCUUCGCCAACCACAGUGGCUGCUUCCAACUCGUCCGGUCCUUUGACGUGGGCCACAGGUCUCAGAUCACAGGCAUCAAACACUCACUGGGGGCCUUGUACACCACGUCCACCGACAAGACCAUCCGGGUGCACGUGCCCACGGAUCCACCGAGGACCAUCUGCACCCGAAGCCACAACAAUGUGCUAAACGGGAGACUUUGAAGCCUGGACACUCGUGGAGUGAAAUGUCAGCGGCAGCAGCUGCCUCAGCUGAGGGGGGUCCCUGCCCCAGGGGGCCCAGUGGCUGCGCUGGUGUCACAUGUCACCUUGGCUAAGGGGAAGGCGGGGUUCCCGGCCUCUGCUCCCCACCGUGUAUAGAGUGUACCCUGGCUCAGGUGCGGGCCUGCCUCUCCCCCUCCAUCUACACUCACCCCCGGGAUCUUACCCACAGAUUACUCCAUCCACUUGCUUAUGCUGAUGGCUCCACCUGUCCCCAUCCCAGCCCCGUCCCUGAUUUCAGACCUGCCCAAAGAGCUUCCUGCUCUUCAGUCGGUCACACUGAUGUCUCGGGGGUCUCUCAUCUAACUCGGCCAAAGCUGGGCUCCAGAUUAUCCUCCCCCCCCCCAAGAUCUUCUGCCCCCAAGUUCACCACCAUCCACCCAACUGCCCUGGCCCAAAUCUUGAACCCCUUCAAUCCUCCGUUUCUGGUGUCCCCUUUCUGAUCCUUUCCCAGGAACCCUCAGAUCAACUUCAAAUUAGGUUCUCAGUCUGGUCACUUCUCUCCACACCUGUUGGCAUCUCCCAGCUCCUGCGCCCACCUCUGCCGGCUCGGACCUGUGCAGUUACCUCCGCUCUGGUCUCCCCUGUUCUUCCCUUCCCCACUGCCCCCGCUCCCCACCACCCUUCUCAAGGCAUCCAGCGGGAUCUGGUAAAAAAUCACAUUACAACACGGAUGCACCUUGAGAACAUUAUGCUAAGUGAAAUGAGCCAGUCACAAAAUAACCGAUAAUGCACGAUCCCAUCUAUGUGAGGUCCCUAGAGGAGUCAAAUCCAUAGAGACAGGAAGCAGAUGGUGGAAACCAGGGGCUGGGGGGAAGGGUAAGGAGUUAGUGUUUCCUGGGGCAGAGUUUCAGUUUGGAGAGAUGAGAAGGUUCUGGAAAUGUAUGGUGAUGAUGUUUGUACAACAGUGUGAAUGUGCUUAAUGCCACGGAACAGUACGCCUUACAGUGAUUAUGAUAAUAGGGGCGCCUGGGCAUCCUACUUCAGCUAGGUCUCUCUGCUGUCUGUGCGGCGCCUGCUUGGGAUCCUCUGUCCCCUCUCUCUCUGCCCGUCUCCUGCUCUGUCUCUCAAAAA